CACUGUUUCUGCAUCUUUGGAUUUUAUUUAGCAUUCUUCUAAUUGUAUUCUCAGGUUUUUGUUAUAGUAUUAGAAAAAGGAACAUUCUGAAUAUAGAAAAGGGAGCUGAGGAAACAGAAAACACCAUGAAAGAGAAUGAUAUGCAAAUUGAGGAAUUUAGUGUUAAUGAAUUUACUUCACCUCAGUGUGUAAAAAUAGGAGAUAAUAAGCCUUUAGCCUUGCAGAUGAAUGGUGAUGUUGUCAUAGGAGGGAUUUUCCCUUUGCACUAUUUGGUACCUGAGCUUCAGCCCAACUACCAAGACAAACCCCCAAUCACAGUUUGCAAUGGAUUUGAUCAAAGAGCUUUCCGUUGGAUGAUGACCAUGGUGUUUGCUGUUGAGGAAAUAAACAACCAUUCAAGCCUAUUACCAGAUGUUAAACUUGGCUAUCAAAUCUUAGACAGCUGUGACAAUGUCCACAGCAGUUUGCAGGCUCUUUUCUCUUUAAUUAGUUUCCCUGAGUCUGUGACCAGUGGGAACCAAAUAUGGAAAGUGAAAAACACAAUAAAUUUGGCAAAUGAAAAAAUAUCUGGAAGAGAAGGUUUAAAGUCAGAUGACAGGAGACCAAACUUAUCAUUGACACAGGAGGAAUCACUUAGAUGUCUGUCUGGUUCUCCAAUACCUGUUGUCAUUGGUCUUGCAUCCUCCUCCCCAACUAGAGCUGUAGCUCAAGUUCUUGGCUCUUUCAAUAUCCAGCUGUUGCUGUACCAUCUGAAGAAAGGGAAUUUCACAAAUCAGUUUCAGGAGAGAGUUUACUUUGAUACUAAAGGAGAGCCAGUCCCUUUAUACGACAUUGUUAACUGGCAGAAGGACAGCAAAGGGAAAAUCAGAUUUGUUAAAGUUGGAGAUUAUGAUGGUUCAGCUCCACAAGCACAACAACUGAGGAUAAAUGAAAGCACUAUUGUAUGGACAGGAGGCUUGUUACAGGUGCCUGUUUCUCAGUGCAGUGCUCCAUGUCCCCCUGGCAGCAGACAGGCCAGACGUCCAGGAAGACCUCAUUGUUGCUUUGAUUGUCUGCCUUGUGCAGAUGGAGAGAUAAGCAACAAGUCAGGCUCCACUGAAUGCAUUAAAUGCCCAGACUAUUACUGGUCCGACAAAGACAAAGUGAAAUGUGUCGCAGGGAUUGAGGAGUUCCUGUCUUUCAGUGAGACCAUGGGAAUCAUCCUGGUUGUACUAACCUUGCUUGGGGUCAUUUUAACAAUCAUCAUUACAGUGAUCUUCCAUUGUUUCCGCACUACCCCUAUUGUGAAGGCCAACAACUCAGAAAUAAGUUUCUUGCUUCUUCUGUCACUUAAGCUAUGUUUUCUCUGUUCCCUGGUGUUUAUUGGCCAACCCUCAGCUUGGACAUGUAUGCUUCGCCAGGCGGCAUUUGGGAUUAGCUUUGUUAUCUGUUUGUCCUGUCUGCUGGUAAAAACUGUUGUGGUGCUUUUGGCUUUUCGAGCUAAUAUACCAAGCUCCAAGGGUCCGAAGCUGUUUGGUCCAUCCCAACAAAGGACUAUGAUAUUCUGCACAACAACUCCUCAGAUUUGUCUGUGUGUUGGUUGGCUUUUGGGGGCACCACCCUUUCCUAUCCGGAAUCUCACAUACCAAGCUUCAUAUGGAAAAAUUAUUUUGGAGUGUAAGGAGCCAUGGCCACUUGGUUUUUACCUGCUCCUCAGCUACAUUGGCCUGCUUGCUUUUUUGUGCCUUCUCUUGGCAUUCCUCGGACGAAAGCUGCCAGAUACGUUUAACGAAGCCAAGCUCAUCACCUUCAGUAUGUUGAUUUUCUGGGCAGUGUGGCUCUGUUUUAUCCCAGCUUAUGUUAGUUCACCUGGAAAGUUUUCAGUAGCUGUGGAAAUAUUUGCAAUAUUAGCCUCCAGUUUUGGCCUGUUGUUAUGUAUAUUUCUGCCCAAAUGUUACAUAAUUCUGCUGCAUCCUGAAAGGAAUACAAGAAAAGGUAUGACUGGAAAAUAUAAUAGAUAUACACCAUAG